AUGGCUCAGGGCGGAAAAAAGGGAAAGGGCAAUAGGAAGGAGAACGUCUUUCGCAGACGCCCGAGAAACCCUGAUUUAAUCCAAGGUGCGGUUGAAUUCUACUCGAAUUCUCAUACUGCGGCAUGGAUUUCGAGUGCUCGCUUGCUAGUUCCCACUACAGUGAAAGUGCUUCCCACGUGGAAACCGGAGGUGACGUCACGUCUCUUCCCCAGCUCUUUCAACGCUGAUGUACGAUGCUGGGAAAAAUCCCAGGGUGCACACGCGGCCUCGAGAACUGCAUGCAGAGGGCGAUACACCCGGGAGGUUCGGGCGUCCGGAGAAUUCGAAAUAGUAGUACCAAGGAAGGUGCUGACCGAUGGACAGUUCCUUUCCUACCAACUGCCCCACCACUACAAGCGUUCCUACUACAAGGAUCGCCACAGAGACGAAAUGACCCCAGACGACAUGGUGCAUUAUAGAGUCGCCAUUGACGGGGAAGAGCAUCACCUGGAGUUGUAUCCCAACCACAAACUCCUCUCCCCUGGAGCCGUGCUCGAGGAUCGGAUCCUGGAGGCUGGACAACCAGCAACCGAUGAAGACUUCCUCAGGAAUGGGAGAAUCAGGCGGCUCAGAGACACCGAGUGUCACUAUCAUGGCGGUGUUCGCGAUCACAACGAGAACAGCGCACUGUCGGCGUGUUACGGUCUUGCUGGCUAUAUUAGAACGAAACGUUCGCUGUACGUAAUUGAGCCACUUGAGGGUUACGACUUCACAAAAGACGUGGAGCAUCCUCACAUAGUCUAUAAAAGAGCGAGCAAGGAUUUCGAAGAAAUUGGGAAAGCAAUGUGCAAGGUCAAUCAGAAUAUUGCAGAAAAAACAGCCAAACGAGUUGAGAGUAGACAGAAAAGAGACGCGCCAAAGAAUGCCACGUUCUACACUAUAGAAUUGUUGGUGGUUUUAGAUCGAACGCUUUUGGAAUAUCACAAGGACUUUGAUGUGGAAAAUUACGUGCUGACUCUGUUCAAUAUGGCUGCUGGGUUAUUUCAAGACAUCAGCCUCGGUGUCGAAAUGGAGUUAGUUAUCGUUAGGAUUAUAAGACUCGGAGUAGAAGAAGACGAGAUGAAUUUAUCAGUGAACAAAGACGCGGACUUCACACUGAAGUAUUUUCAACAAUGGCAGCAGAAGAUGAAUCCAGGGGAUGACACUCAUCCGAAUCACCACGACGCUGCAGUACUCAUAACUAAGAUAGACAUCUGUUUGACGCAAUCCCUCUGCGGAUUCACUGGCAUAACAACGAUCGGCAGUACCUGCGACCCCGUUAAAGGUGCGGUUGUUAUAAAGGACGACGGACUAAGGACCGGGUACAACAUUGCUCAUCAAAUCGGACACACGCUUGGCAUGUCCCACGACUCCAAAGAGGAGAACGGCUGUUCAGGAAUCACUGUGCACCGAGACGGUUACAUUGAAACUUCCGUAAUGUAUUCCGGAAAUCCUUACGUCACAAAAGGGUGGUCCAAAUGUUCACAGAGCAGCAUCAAGGCGUACUUACGAUCCGGAAUGGGAGCCUGUCUCGAGGACGAGGCUCAGGACCAUCAGUUCAUUGGUAACAAGAUAUUACCUGGUGUCAUGUACAACGGUGAUGAUCAAUGUCGACUGUACUAUCGCCAGGACGUCCGCCAGUGCGAUUUGGGAAUCUGGUGCUACCAAAUGAAGUGUCUGCCGAUUGGUGAACGUCCCGGAGCCAUUGAUGCGAAUUGGGGUGCCUGGUCACCCUGGAGCCGAUGUUCACGGACUUGUGGCUCAGGCGUAGCUUUUUCUGAAAGAAAGUGCAAUCAUCCAAAGCCUUCAAACGGCGGUGAAACAUGCCAAGGCAUCAAAAAGCGACACAAAAUUUGCGCGACUGAACCCUGUGAAAUCGGUACGCCAUCUUUCCGCGAUGUACAGUGUGCAGAGUUCAAUGACUGGGUCUUUCCGGAGGACGGAAAGAUUCAUCAAUGGGUGGGAUAUAAUUUGCCUGAAAAUUUAAAGGCGUCUGAAAAUCCUUGCGUGCUGUUUUGCCUGAGUGAGACAAAGCUGCUGACAUCUCUGAAGCCGAAGGUCGUGGAUGGCACAACUUGCUACAGAGGAAUACGGGACGUCUGCAUCGGAGGAACCUGCAGAGAAAUACCUUGCAAUUUGGAUAUGGAAUCGAACGCGGUUGAGGAUAUGUGCGGAGUUUGUAAGGGGGACAGCACCUCGUGCCUUCUUAAAGAAGGAACUAAAUUCAUCGCUCAACAGCCACGUCUGAAGAAAUUACUUGAUGUACCUAAAGGAGCUAAGAACAUUCGUGUGGAGAUAACCGAGCCCACAAAGUCGAGGAUAGUGGUCCGGACCAAGGGAUCGAAAAACGUGCUGAUCGAUGGCAAUCGAUUGGGCAUGUUUGAUGUCCCGGGUUCAAAGGCCUGGCUUGGUAUGAUCAGAGCGAGGCAGGAGGCACUUAACAUUCCCGGUCCUGUAUCCGAGGAGCUGGUAGUACUGGAAAACGCCACCCUCAAGUAUUCGUUGGGUCUGAAUCAAGAAAAUCCUCGAAAGCCUGAAUUUUCCUGGAAUUACAUUGAUUGGACACGUUGUAACGCACUCUGUGGUCCAGGAGAAGCAGUUUCGGUGCCUAAAUGCGUGGAAAAGAUCGGAGGGGAAGUGGAUGAUACUUUCUGUAAGAAAUUAACCAAGCCUGGAGAGAAAAUAAAACCUUGCAAUCAGGCACCAUGUGUUCCUAGAUGGAUGAUUGGUGACUGGCAAGGAUGCAGCCCCUGUACUCCAGGCUGCAAAAAAGAGAGAGCCGUAAAGUGCAUUCGGCCAGUUGGUCACGGUGAACAAGAAGCGGAUGUCAUCGCUGAGAGUUACUGCCAGGGUCCAAAACCGAAGGAAUCACAACAGUGUCUUGUGCGGACACGUCGCAAUAGUGGUAAUGAAAGUGCCGAUAAGGAAGAGAAUAAUGCUGAUGAAGUUUCAGUCGACGAUGAAGCGGACGAACUUGAUGGAACUUCUUUAGGUGUGAGAAACAGUAUACAUGAACUUGACGGAAACGAUGGUGGUUCAAAGAUGGACACUGAGCUUGCAGAUGUUGGAGAAUUUAGAAUGAAUCAGAAAUUAUCAGACACGAGUGAUCGCGCAUCGAUUAUAGAAAAGAGGACUGAUCAAAGUGACAAGCAGACCACGUCGAGUAUUGUCAGCAAUGUAAAGGAGGCCCAAGUAGUGUUUGACAAGCAGGAUAUCAAGAACUUGACACUUACUAUAAUCCUUGAACGAGAUGACAACAACAAUGUCGUCAAUUUUCCCAAAGAUUUUGUCCCUCAACCAAAAGCCAAUGAAACAGACUUCACUCUUGUUGGAAUGGAUGCGGUAAAAUAUAUCCAGCUGAUUCAAGAGGAGGACAACACAUCGUUAGAACCCCCUUAA